AUGAAAGACGGCUUAGGUGGAGUCCGGUGCAACUUUGGGCCAACUCUACUCCGCCAUUGCAAACAAGACUUCGCUCUACGGUUUCCCUGCGGGAGUCUGCCCGACAGUAGGCGUGGGCGGGACUUUGAGUGGAGGUGGGCUUGGGUUACUCGCAAGGAAAUAUGGCGUCUCGGCAGACCACGUUAUGGAUGGCCUGCUUGCGGACGCCAAUGGCAAAUUGGUGGACAGAAAGGGGAUAGGAGAAGAUGUCUUCUGGGCCCUCCGAGGCGGCGGUGGAGGGAGCUGGGGCGUGGUUGUGGCGUGGCAGAUAAGGCUUGUCAAAGUGCCUCCCAGCUUGUAGAACGAUGGCAAUCUGUUGAACCGUUUGCCCCCGAGGAUCUCUAUAUCCGUGUCUUUGUGUUCGGAGGCAGUCCUAUUAGCCUUACCUUCAAUGGAAUGUAUUUGGGUCCUUUACCUCAACUCCUCAAACUUGUGAAUGAGAUCUUUCCUGAGAUGGGUCUGGUCGCCGCCGAUUGUAACGAGACAGACUGGAUCGGCUCGGUCAUCUCGACUGCUGUGGCCAACGGAUAUUCUGCCGACCUCCUCAACAGAUAUCUUUCCACGAAAAGGUACUUCAAGAAUAAGUCCGAUUAUGUGAAGAGCGCUAUCUCUUCAUCGGGCCUACAGGAAGCAUGGAAGAUUAUGGAAGAGAAGCCCGACAGCCAAAUGAUAUUGGCUCCCUUUGGAGGCGUAAUGAAUAGGAUACCAUCCACUCGGAUUCCCUUCCCCCAUCGAGCAGGCUAUUUAUACGAAAUUCAAGCUGCUUACGUCAACUACAUAGACCUCGACUUGGGCCAUGCAUCUGCUAAUGGAACCUCCACCGUACAGCAAGCAAAGGCGUGGGGCGAAAAGUAUUUUGGUGUGAAUUUCUUCAGGCUGGUGCAUGUGAAGACUAAAUUCGAUCCCAACAAUAUUUUCAAGAAUGCUCAGAGCAUUCCCCCGCUCAGUCAGAGUUGA